AUGGAGCAGCGCGCAGCAAUUCCAGUAACACUGCCUCGGGCCAACCCCACAUCGAGUUACUGGCAGACCCCUCCUGAUGAUGUUGCAGAUCUCAGGUCGACCAUGGGUCUUCCUGAAAAAGCAGAAAUUGUUAUUAUCGGAAGUGGAAUAACCGGAGCUUCCCUUGCCUACAACCUUCUUCAGUAUGGCCGACAAGACAUCGUCAUGCUUGAGGCCCGUCAGGCUUCCUCGGGAGCCACUGGUCGGAAUGGCGGAAACACUAAAGCAGCAUCAUAUCGUUCGUUUUUGCAGCAUGCCGAAGAACAUGGCACCGAGACAGCUGUCAAGAUAGCCAAGCUGGAACUGAGCAACAUCCGGGAGAUGCACGCUUUCGCAAGGGCACACGCUAUAGACUGUGAUUCGCAUCCUUGUGAAACAAUUGAUGUCUUUUAUGACGAAGCACAGUGGAAAGAGAGCGAGCGGGCUAUACAAGCCAUGAAGAAAGCGAUGCCGGAUCACCCAGCUUCCGUGUACAAGAUCCUAACUGCCGAAGAAGUCCGAGCAGAGUUCUACUGCGGGAAUGGAGGCACCGAGAACAUCUAUGGAGGCAUCGUAUACGAGGCUGGAAGUAUUCACGCCUAUAAACUCUCUAUCGGCAUCCUGAAACUAUGUCUCGAACAAGGUCUAAACUUGCAGACUAAUACUCCUGCUAUGAGCCUGCAACGCCUCGCCGAUGGUCGAUGGAAAGUGCAGACACCCCGAGGAGAUAUAAUUGCCCAGCAGGUCGUACUUGCAACGAAUGGAUACACGGCACAUCUGGUCAACAAGUUUCAAGGUACAAUUGUACCGUAUCGGGGCCAUGUCACUGCGCAAAGGCCGGGACAGGCAAUGCCAAAAGAAGGUUUGCCCGUAACUUACAGCUACCGUUACAACGGUGGGUAUGAAUACAUGGUGUCACGUCCUCAAGGCUCCCACUUCGAAGGUGAUAUAGUGAUUGGCGGUGGGCAAUUCAAAGCGCCGGGCGGUGGCAUACUGGAGUAUGGCACAACUGACGACACUACGGUGAAUGAGGAUAUUGAUGCAAUCCUUUAUGAAUGCCUACCUCAGUAUUUUGGAGAUUACUGGGGAGAAGACCACCCUGGAGGACGUAUUCGUAGCAUUUGGACAGGCAUAAUGGGCUACAGUGCCGAUGGGUUCCCAUUCGUGGGCGAAGUUCCCGAGGAAAAGAAUUUGUGGAUGUCAUGCAGUUUCCAAGGUCAUGGUAUGGUGCUGUGCUGGAUGUGUGCGAGAAUGCUAGCAUUGCUCAUCGAGGGAGGAGACAACGCUGAACUUCAGGCUUCGUUCCCAGAAGUGUUUCGCGCGUCUCAACAGCGGAUGGGUGCAACGUUCCGAGGACGUUUACAUGUGAGCGCAGAUCCGACGAACUAG